AUGAUUUACAUUCAUGAAAAUACUAUUUGUGACAUAUUGAAACGAAGGUCAGGAUAUCUUGGUAUUAAUCCAGAAGAUCCCAAUUCACAUAAUAAACAUUUACGCAAAGGAAAAUAUUCAGGUCUAGAAGAUGCAUUGAUUUUUUGGACAACACAAAUGCUUAAAGCAAAUUUAACUAUUACCA